AUGGUUGGUUCUCAGCCGCUGUUUUCACGCACAGCCGUUGUGCUGAUAGGAUACCAGAAAGAUUACUUCGGAAGGGAUGGCAAGCUGCAUGGGGUCAUCCAAGCAUCCUCGGACUCUGUGCUAAGGAACACCCUCAAGAUCAUCAACAGCCUCAAGGACACAAGCGUGCUCUUCAUCGAGACUCCGAUCAUCUUCACCAAGGACUACAGCGAGCUCCUUGAGCCGAGCGGGAUCCUCAAGGUCAUCAAGGACGUGCAGGCCUUCAAGAUGGGAGACAAAGGCAGCGAGACCAUCCCAGAGAUCACGCAGUUCGGCGACAGAAUCAUCCAGAUCCCGGGGAAGCGAGGGCUGAACGCGUUUGCAGGAACUUGUCUAGAGGAGCUUCUCAAGCGAGAGCGAGUGACGGAUGUUGUUCUUUGUGGAGCCGUCACGAGCGUUUGCAUAGAUUCCACGGGACGCGCUGCACAUGAGCUUGGUUUCCGCGUGCAUCAGCUUGAGGACUGCACGUGCGGGAGGACGCAGGCUGAGCAAGAUCAGUAUUGUCAAGAGAUCUUUCCGCUAUAUGCGUCAGUCACUAAAACAGAUGAUGUCAUUGAUCAGAUCUCAAGU